GGCUCCUAGCUUCAUACACAUAAACCGAUUUUGGGUUGAUAACCACAAUUUAUUGGUAAUUAGUCCAGAUUCUGGUUGAAUAGCUAGUAGCUUAGACCAGAACAGCUUUGCUCAAGACAAGGGAAUAAGAGAUUAUGGUAUAAAGAGCUAUGAGGUUAUGUUUUAAAAUGUCAUAAGAAGUUUUCAGAAUGCCCGUGAGCCGGCUAGAUGUGAUUUAUCGGAAAUUAUUAUUAACGAAAUUUUUUACGAAAGGUUGGGGUGUCCCAGAACACCUUGAACGGCUUUUUAGCUUUAGAAAGACUAUUUCAAAUAGGGAUACAUGUUAUGAACUAGUGCCAAAGGAGUAUCCCAUAACUAUUAUUAAUACACAAAGACAAAGUGAUUGCCACUUAAUUGAGGGGAAAUUUAGAAGUCCUUUUGCCUUACACCUCCCCGGGUUAGUCAGUCCAGAGGUACAGGAUGCAUAUUUUCAAAUGGUAUUGCCACUGCAUUGGACCACUGAUUAUAAACCAGUGUGUAUUCAUUUAGCUGGAACUGGAGAUCAUUAUUUCUGGAGAAGAAGAAACAUAAUGGCAAAGCCCUUACUAAAAUCAGGUAUAGGAGCAAUUAUAUUAGAAAAUCCAUUUUAUGGCCUGAGAAAGCCAAAAGAUCAAAUUCGUUCAAGUGUUCACCAUGUAUCAGAUAUUUUUGUUAUGGGUGGAUGCUUAAUUUUGGAAAGUCUUGUAUUACUUAAUUGGUGCGAGCAGCUUGGUUUCGGACCACUUGGUAUAACUGGAAUAUCAAUGGGCGGCCAUAUGGCUUCUCUUGCAGCAAGUAAUUGGCCGAAACCUUUAGUGCUAGUUCCUUGUUUAAGUUGGUCCACAGCAUCAUCUGUUUUCACUGAGGGGGUUAUGAGUGAAUCUAUAAAUUGGGACAUGCUCCAGGCUCAAUAUAUGAGUGAUAAAGUUUACUGUGAAGAACUCUCAAAGGCUUGUAAAAUAGUUGAUGAUCCCUUCGCCUGCAACCUUAGCAAGAGUUUUACAGAUUAUGAGGUACAAUAUGAAAUGGACUUGGUGGAUGAACUGAAACCAAGUUAUGUGUCACCAUAUGAACUGGUAAAUAUGAUAAAACUAAACGGAAGCGAAAGUAGUUGCCAAACCAUGGCUUAUCAGUCUACUCGUCCCAGGAAAAACAUACUUCCAAAACUUGAUACUAUAAAAAAAAUUCCUCCCUUUGUUCCCAGCAAAAAAAUAAUUGAAAUGAAGAAAAGAGCAAAGGAAGCUCUAUGGUUUAUGAGAGGAAUGAUGGAUGAAUGUACCCAUCUUAGAAACUUUUCUGUGCCAGUUGAUACAUCUCUUAUUAUUUCAAUAACAGCUAGAACAGAUGGAUAUGUUCCUAGAAGAGGAGUUUCAAAGCUGGACGAAAUUUGGCAUGGAGCUACUGUCAAAUAUCUAGAUUGCGGACAUGUUGGUGCCUAUAUCUGGUAUAGACAUAUUUUUAGGGAUGCAAUAGUAGAAGCGUUCGAAAAAGCUGAGAAAAAGACAGCCCCAUUAUCGCCAAAUAUUCAUGAAAUAUAAUUUCAGUUGUUAGUUAAAUUAAUAUUAUGUUCCUAAUAUGUUAUUGUUAACACCAAGUGCCUUUCAACAAAUUGACCUCAGCAGGUAUUAAUUCGCAUAUUUCGAAUUGUACUUGAAUUGACUAAACAAGUUGUGAUAUGUUUAUUUAAAAAAAUAAUGUUUAAUAGAUGUAAAAAAUAUUUUAGUUGAAUAAAUUAUUUUAACUUCUGUUAUA